UUCGCCUAAUUUAUGCAACCGCCGUUGGUGCGGAGUUUGAAGGGCUGAGCGAGCCUGCGGAUGGGCGGCGUGUCACCGGACGCACGGCCAGUCGGCGCGGAGAGCGCAGGCGCCACCGGACCAGCCGGCAGCACCGAAAAUGGAAUACUUUGAAGCAGAUAUUAACCUUGAUACCACAGAUGAAUUGGAUACAGAAUACAGUGAAGACUUUUUAGAGAAAAUGGAUGAUUGUCAGUUUGUCAGCUAUGUGGAGAGCCACUGUAAUAAUUUGCAAAAAUCAUAUGGCAUCACAGAAGAUGAAUGGAUCAAACACAGGAAUAAGAAUUCUUUAAUAUGGGAGAAAUCAUUUGAACAUGAAAUACUUCUAGAUGUGGAUGAUGAUUUCAACUUGAAUUUUAAUGAUAUAUGUGAUUCCUAUACCAUCUGCCUUUCUCAGUCAUCAGCAGAAGAUGUUAGUGUUAACCUUACACCAGAUGAUAUAUGCAAGAUUGAAAAGGAAUAUAAUGGCAGCGAUGAAGCUGAAAGAAUAAACACUGAAGAAAUUAACUAUCAACAUAACCAAGAUAUUCACAGUUCUAACUAUUCUGACGCGCAUGAUGAAACAAAAGAUAAUUUGGAAGGCUAUAAAUAUCAGGACAUAGCUGCCAGUACCAGUGAUGAGGAACAGGAAGAGUUGCCUUAUGACAGUAACUUAAAGAAUGUUAGUGAACAUCAUACAGACAUUGAUUUAGGUAGCCAUGUGCCACCAUUAUCCAGACUUCUUGGGAACCCAUCAGGUAAUGGUCCUGGUAGUGGAAUGAGCCAAAAUAUCCCACUUAGAGAUCAAAGAUCAAUUGUGAAAAAUAUGUUCUCCCAACAAGAAGUAUCUGACACUAAACUGAAUACAGAAGUUGAAGCUUCUAGUCAUGAAAGUAAAAGAGAAUUUAAUGCUAUUACAUCAGAGCAGCCAGUUGAUUUGUUGAUACCUAGAUAUGGAACUAAAGCAGCAAAAGACUUUCAGCUUGGUGGUGGAAGAUCAAGCAUUUCUGAAUCAGUUCAACAUUACUUUUUUGAAGAAGAUCAGGCACUUAGUUCAACUAUGUACAUUGACUCUGAGACUCUACCAGAGACCUCUUUUACAGAUAGUAUUGAAGAAACUGUUAUUAAAAAUCAAAUUUCAUCAAAUUCCAACAAUGAAUUAUUCAUGAAAAAUAACAUUUUUUGUAAAUCAGAAACUGACCUUUCAAAGAAAGAAGAGACAGAUGGAAAAUUUGAAAAUAAUGAACAAUUGGUACAGGUGAUAGGUAAUUCUCACUGCAAUAGAUUUGCUGAAGUGAAUGUGGAAAAAAAUGGCACCUGCAGAGGAAAGACAAGUUAUGGUCUAGAGACUCCACCAAAAGUAGUACAAGAAGAGAAUGAACAAGCACCACUUAGUCAUAAAACAGCAUCAGAAACUGCUCAAAAUCCAGUGUUAAAAAUGGGAAGAACAAUUUCUUAUAAUGAAAUCAAAUAUGGCAAAGGAAAACAACAUUAUCCUCUACUUGACUUUUCCAAAGUUGCACCCAAGGUUAGAAUUCCCAAGAGGAAUACUUAUAAUAAUUAUAAAUGUCCAAGAUCAAGAUUUAAAAAAACAAAAUCUUCACCCAACUCAUCAGAAAACCUCCACGCCAUUCAUAAAUCAACAGUGGAUGUACUGCAAAACAUACCAGAUAACACACAACUUUCAGUAAUUGCUACAAAAACAGAAGUUAAUAGUAAAAAACAACAUGUGGAAGCAAAUCAGACCCUUGAACAUUUCCAACAAUUGCAGGAAGAGUUUGACAAGCUGCUAAUAAAGUAUGCAGAAGCAGAAAAUACCAUUGAUCAGUUGCGGUUUGGUGGUAAGGUAACUGUAACUUCUGAUUUAUCCAAAUCAAGUCAAAUGAUUCAUUCUGGAAUUUUGUCAUCACCUUGUCAAUUAACUAUUAUGACAAGUUCACAGCAACCCAGAGCUGAGUCGGUAUGCACCACUGAAUCAGUCACAUUCUUCCCUUUAGAAUCAACACAUAACAACUAUCCCAUGUCAUUAUCAGUAACUUCUGCUGGAUCUAAACCAGAUUCUUGCCAGCCUAUUUCCGAAUUUUACAAGGCAACAGGAGAACAAAUGGCUCAGAAGCUAAAUAACCAUAUUGAGUAUUUUAAACAUAAGGUUGAAGACUUCAAGAACUACUUGAAUUCGAAAUUGAUUCCCGUGGAAGAUAAACAACAGGAAUUCAAGGAACUGAGAGAUGGCCUAGACAAACUAGAAAGGAUCUACAUUGCAACUAAAGAUGAGCACCGUAAUUUACAGCAUCGCUGCUAUUUGGAAAAAAGUACUACUGUUGGGGAGUUUGACCCAGAUAGAGAAAUUGAAGGAGAAAUAUUUAGAAUAGGAAUGGUACUGGAAAAUAUAAAAGACGAAAUUGAUGAAGAUAUUUGCAAUCAAUCAAGCUUACACAGUUCCAUCUUUACACCUACUCCACUCUCCAUCCCCAAGUUGUCUGCAAGACAUGCAGUUUAUUCUGAGGGUUCCAUGACUGCCAUUACCCAAGAAGGACCAAGGGAAGCACACGAGGGCAGCUUACUCAAUGAUGAAAGUGCAACACAGAAAAUUGUUCAAAUGCAGACAAUGACAAAUGAGAACAAUAAGUCACCCUUACUAAAAGAUACAUACAGUCUCACCUCACAAAGGAAAUCUCCUAUUGUACCAACAAAAGCCAAGAAUAAUAUUAAUUCUUCAGUAUAUCUUGCUGAUUUAUCUUUGAAUGGAACUUCAGAAUUACAAAACAUCUCAUUCCGGGGACAGGAAUUAGUGAAUGAAUUUAAGCAACAGAUACUCUUACCUGACAGUGGGUUUGGUACAUCAGAAGGCGGCAGACCUACUACUGCUACACAAACAUUGGAUUCUGACCAACCACAAAUGGAAAGAAACUCAAGCCUUUGUGAACAAAUGUCUUCCUCUAAGCUAAAAUUACAUAAUGCAAACGGGGAGCCAUCAUCCAUACACACAGAUGAAAAUAUAAAUGAAGUGGGUAAUAACAAAGUAAGGCAGUUACUUCAGAUGGCUGUUCCAUCAGGCUGUACUGCUUCAUUCAACUGGCAUAAACCCAUAAUCGAUGUAGCUGAUCCUCCAGCGCAACAAGGAGAAGCAUUCCUGCAACUGGAUUUUCUUACUGAGUACUCAGAUGAUCACAUACCAUUACCAAACCCUCAACAGUGCACACCUAAGAUAUCUCUUCAGCAGACUAAGUGUGACAUAAAGAAAAAUGAAAGUUUAUCUCAGCCAUCUUCUACAAGAAAUGAAGAAAUCAUGGAACUGCAACAAGAAGUUGCAAAACUCAAGCAAAAAUUGGAGGAAAGUCUCUCCAAAUUAUCCAAUGACCCCAAGACAAAAAAGGUCUUUGAACCUCUAUUACAGAAACAAGGCCACAACAUCACAUCAUGUUGUAGAAAGAAAACUUCAUCUAGAAGUUCUUUUUCUUUCAAUGGUGAAAGUGUGGACCGUGUUAAAUUAACCAACAAUAGUUUAAAACACCAUAAAAGAGGGCACUCUACUUGGCUACGAACAGAUGAUGAUGCUUCAGAUGCUGAACUAAGCAGUGGAAUGGAUUUUUUUUCUGACACAGAAGCAUCUGUGCACUCAAAACAAAGUUUCUUAGAGACAUCAAGAACAGCUCACCAUAGACAAACUUAUUCCAGAAACUACAAAUCAAACAGUUCCUGGUCAGAAGGUUCACAUAAAGGCUUGUCCUUAUCAUCAGAUGGACAGAAUUUGCAGAGAAGGAGAAUGAACACAAGUAUUUUGCACAACAAAAAUAUACCAUUUAAACGCUUCUCUGAGAGGUCUUCACGACGAAGUAGGAGUGAGCUCACUUCUAGUGUUGGUAUUUCAUCUACUGCAGCAAAUAAAUACUCUGAAAUGUCAGCAUCUAUUUCACCAAUAAGAUCAACCAUUGAGUAUCCACCAAUAUCAAGGGUUUCCAGAAAUUACUAUUCACCUUCAUAUGAAAUAAUCAAAACAGGAUUACAGUGUUUACCAAACCAAAUCUAUAGCACCAAGUAUUUUUGGAGAAAUUGCACUGAUAAAAGCAUCAGUAUUCCACAGAUUUUACAUCUGAACACAAAUCUGGACAGAGCAAUAGAGGCUGCAAAUAACAUGAAGAAAACCACCAGAAGAAUGGUUAAGAUUUUGUCUGCUGACUUGGCCAAGACCGAGUACUAUAAAUAUUUGCAUGAUUUUUAAUAUUUUCUUUGUAGUGUAUAUUAGCCCUGUGUAAUGAUGUGCAAUAUUAUGUAUCAAAAUCUUGUAAUGUCCAGAGUAGGAAUACAUCACCUUUAUCUGGUGAAAUAAUUUGCAACAUUCAGGGCUGUUAGACAUCUUUUGGACUUUUUCAUUAUUGUUUCAGUAAUUUCUGAUAGUCAUUUAAGUCCUAAUAUAAACAACUUAUAUCUGGAUCUUUUUGAGCAUCGGUAACUAGAGAUGGCGCAUCAAUGUGAAGUACUGCUUGUCUCAUCUAGACUUGAAGAGAGAUGUUGUAAUCAUGUCUUGAACUCAGAGUGCUGAGCAAUUUUCUCUUUUUCAGAUUAAAUCACUGCUGAUUGUCAGUUUCUUUUUGGCUGUUUCACCACAGGAUUAUCCAAAAUUUUACUGACUGAUGCCCUGGACUAUACCAUAGAGUACAUGUGCAAAGUACCCAUUACUAUGGAAGCAAGCUAGUUUGAUGAGGUCUGCAUAGCUUAGGUCAAACUUCUCAAAAAAGGUCAUUGGCCAUCACUGCCAAUAGCAAGGAAGACAACUCUACAUGUGACAAUGCAAAACUGGCACUAUUAGCUUCCUUAAUAGUGGAAGGCUCACCUUUGGCCUCUUCUACUAAUACACCACCAUUGAAAGUCCUUUCCUAUCAAAGGUCAUGUUAUAUAUGAUCAACACAUAAUUCUAUGCCCAACUUUCCCAUCAUUUCUGUUCAAAUCCCUUUAAUUAGAUUUCUGCCUUUUACUUUGCACAAAGGGUGCCCAGUUUAACACUCUGAAAGUACUUGUAGAGUGUUAGCCUGCCUUGUCCUUUCUAGCAUCCUUCAGAUGGUUGACAAUCUCAUCCUUUCCGACUAUGCAUCUCCAUCAUAUUAACCCAACUUUACUCCUUAUUUUAUCUUUGCCUACAAUGGUCACUCAACAUGUGGUUAUCUUAAGAAUGCACUCAAGCUGUCUUGACAUUUUCCUCAUUUGCAUCAUCACUGCCUCUGACUCUACUUACCAGAGGGUGCCAGAACAUCCCCGUCUUAGACAACGUUUAAUAUUUCAAAUAGUAAACAGCUGUAGGAACCCUCUUUGGAAUUAACAGUCCCAAAUUCCAGAGACCCAUGUUCAAUUCUGACCUUGGGUGCUAUCUGUGUGGAGUUGGCACUUUCUCCCUGUGAGUGGGCAGUUUUGCUCUGGGUGUUCCAUUUUCCUCCCACUUCCCAAAGAUGUGUGGGUUAGUGGGUUAACUGCCCACUGUAAAUUGCCUUUAGUGUGUAGGUGAGUGGUAAAAUCUGGGGAGAGUUGAUGAGAAUAUGGGGAGAAUAAAAAUAGGCUUAACGUAGGAUUGGUAUAAGUAGGUAUUGAUGGUUGGAGCAGUCCCUGUGGACCGAAAGGCCUGUUUCCAUUCUGCAUGACUCUAUGAUUCUAAGCGGCAAUAAAUGAACUAAGUAUUGUAUGAAAACUAAAAUAGUAAAACAAUAUUUUUAUAAUCUUCGUGAAAAACACUAUGUAUUGAAAUAAAUCUUAAAGGUGUUCUGGGAUGAAGAGAAUCAUGGAACACUGCAUGGUAAGCGACAUUUGAGAUUUUUGAUCUUAACCUGUACUGAACUUAGCAGUACCUACAUCCAGUGACAGAACACAUAAUAUGGCACUGUUAUAAAACAUUAUUUUUAAACACGUGAUAAACAUUCAGACCUAAGUCCUCUUUUUAGGUGUAUUUGCUGCAAAAUAAUUUGUUAACUUUUUUUUGCUAACAUAUUAAUAUUUGGUUUAUUCUAUAUAUUUGUCUUUGUGGAUUU